AUGACAACCGACACUCCCUUCGAGCCCUUCGAGAAAAUUUCCAUCGAUACCGUUGGACCACUUCCGAUGACCAGAAGUAGAAAUGUCCAUAUCCUGACGAUCCAGGAUAACUUUUCGAAAGACGUAACCGCGAUCCCAAUACCCGAUAUCCGAUCGACAACAGUGGCUGAAGCCCUUGUUGAUCGAUAUAUGUGUUAUUAUGGGUAUCCGAGAGUCAUCCUCUCAGACAAAGGUACGUCAUUUACCUCGAAAAUAAUACAACAGCUUGCAAAAGCUUUAAAAAUACAAAGAUUAACGACUUCGGGUUACUACCUCCAGUCGAAUGGGUCCUUAGAACGGAGCCAUCAACCAUUAAUAGACUUUUUGCGAGUAAUUUCAGAUAAGUAUCCGAACUGGGAUCGAUAUGUGGGUCUUGCUGCGUUGAGUUACAAUACCAAUGUGCAUACGUCUACCAAAUUCACUACAUUUGAGUUGAUGUUUGGUCGAAGAGCUCGGUUGCCAACCCAAUUCCCCGAUUAUUCCAGAAUUGAAACUUAUUCUGAUUAUCUCGUUGACCUUAUGGGAAGAUUAUCAGAAGUUAGAGAAAUCGCUGCUGAUUGUCUCAAUAAAGCAAAACAAGAUUCCAAAAUUCGUUAUGAUCGAAACAUACAUGCCAGAACCUUUAAAGUAGGUGAUUUCAUUUAUGUUUUAAAAGAGCCGAGGAAAAAUAAACUCGAUGUUUAUUACACCGGGCCUUAUGAAAUUGUCGAUAUUAACGAAUUUGGGAGUCUUAUUUACCUAAAUGACAAAGGGAACCGAAAAUUGGUCAACCCUAAUAAGGCUAAACCUGCUUUCGAUCAAAAGGCUAAACCUUUAUAA